CAAAAUUUCCUAUAUCUUAAAUCUUAGCAAUUUAUCAUCUUCAGAAAAUCUUCCAUGCAAAAUAUGUGGACAAUUUAUAAAACAACAUAAGUAAGCCCAUUAACUAAUAUUAUGGGCCUUUAGAAAUCCAAAACAAACUCGAUUUAAAGUCUUCGUCCUCCCUAAAACCCUGAAUCUUCACAGAACCCUAAAUAACUUUUAGUUUCCUCCGACCACCGCAGCUCAGCCGCAGCCGCCACCACAACUACCGGAGCAGUUAGCUACUCCGUCACUAAUGUCAAGAGUAAGUCCCAAGACCGUGGACGAUGCAGUUAAGGCUCUGGUCAAAGAGGGAAACAAAAAAUCAAAGACGGAGAAGCCACACCUUCUAGAGGAAGAUGAAUUCUUUUACCUAGUCGUAGCCCUAAAGAAGAUUCCACAGAGGAAUUUUACUAACGCUUAUCGUAUUCCUCUCCCGCAUCCGCUUAUUAGCACUACGGAAGACUCACCGGAGCUCUGUCUUAUCAUCGACGAUAGAUCGGAAAGUGGUCUCACCAAGGAAGAUGCGAUGAAGAAGAUCAAAUUAGAGAACAUACCAAUCACUAAAGUUGUUAAGGUUUCGGAGCUGAAAUCGGAUUAUGGAUCAUUCGAAUCGAAACGGAAGCUUUGUGAUUCAUACGAUAUGUUUUUCUCUGAUCGGAGAGUGAUUCCUCUGUUACCGAGAUUGAUUGGGAAGAAUUUUUUUCUAAGGAAGAAGAUUCCUGUGGCGAUUGAUUUGAAGCAUAGGAAUUGGAAAGAGCAGAUUGAGAAAGCUUGUGGUGCUGCUAUGUUCUUCAUGAGGACUGGGACUUGUAGUGUGAUCAAAGUUGCGAAAUUGUCGAUGGAAAGCGAUGAAAUCGCUGAGAAUGUGAUGGCGACUUUGAAUGGAGUUGUUGAUGUUUUGCCUAGUAAGUGGAAAUAUAUAAGAUCUUUGCAUUUGAAGUUAUCUGAGAGUUUAGCUUUGCCUCUAUAUCAGACAGUUCCAUAUUUGAAGCUCAAGAUCGAUCCUUCUGGUGUUGAAGAAGUUAGGAAUGGUGAAGAAUUAGUUAAAAGUGAUGAUGUUGAUGAUAGUAGUAAGAGUGUGAAGACAAAGAAGAAGAAAGGAAGGAUUCAUGAAGUUAGAUAUAUGGAUAGUAAUGUAUCUGAGACUCUUGGUGAAGAUAAAAUCGAAAAGAAUGUUGAACAAGAUGAGGUUACUGGUGAUCUCAAAGGUUCAGGGGAUAAGAAGAAGAGGAAGAAGAUGACUAGUAGUAAGUCUGCAGUGAGUGAGAAACCAGACAUUGUGAAGAGUAAGAAUGGGCAAAAGUCGAAAAAGCUAAAGAAUGACAUUGAUGGGUCUGGUGGUGGAUUGAAAGCAAAGACUAAGAGGAGAUGAACCAAGAAAAGAAGAUUUUCGUUUAAUGUCGGUAUAACUAAGUAUUCUAUUCUUUCUGCUUGAGUGAUUUUUUGGAUACUGAUUAUGACUUUGUCUUAUCAAGGUAUCAUCAAAAUGAUUCUUAUACUAAUACAUUUAGGACUUUUAUUAUCGUUUACUAUUUCAUCAAACUAGUGACUUGCCAUGUAGUUG